AUGUACCUACGUACCUCCCAUGUCGCUGCAGUACCUAAAGGCGUGGCUGGGCAUUUUAGUCGCCAACAUGUCGUUGCAACUCAAAAAAUCCUACCAUCCCCCCGCCUCCUCCGAAACCAGCGACGUGUCUACGAAGAAGAGCAAAAGGCUUUAGAAGAGCGCAAGAAGACCGAAGCUCGCAUCCAAGAGAUUAAGGAAGAACGCGCCAAAGAAGAACUACAAAAGCAGCUUGCUAUCUCCGGAGGCCGUAAAGUUGUUGAUCGCGUCGAUUGGAUGUACCAGGGCCCUAGCGAUGGCCAAAAUGGUACUUCUGAAGAGCUCGAGGGCUACCUGCUUGGGAAGCGACGCAUCGAUAACAUUCUAACCAAGGGGUCCGAUCAUGAAAAUCUCAAGAAGACUGCAGGCCCAGAGAGUUUCAUGGCCUUACAGAAUGCAAAUACAGAGAGAGAUACCGCAUUAAAAAUUCGAGAAGAUCCUCUUUUAGCCAUUAAGAAGCAAGAACAGGCGGCGUACGAAACUAUGAUGAAUGAUCCUAUUAAGAGAAGACAACUACUCGCUUCCAUGGGACAAGCAGAUGAGAAGAAUCCAGCUCAUAAGAAGGAGGAGAGACACGCGAGACGGCAUAGGCAUAGAUCGCAUUCUAGAGAACAUCGCCACCGCCGACAUCAUCGAUCCGACUCGAGAGAUAGAGAUGAAUCAAGGGAACGGCGACGCACGCGUGACCGGGGUGAUUCGAGAGAUAGGUCGGAAAAUAGGAAACAUAAAGAACGUCAUGCCGAGCGACCUGAGCGAAGGGGAUCAGACUCCAGAAGCGAACACCGAGAUAAUGAUAGAUUGCGCAGGGACCGAUCAAGAAGCCCGCGUCGUAGUGAUACCAAGGACGAUAGAUAUCGCCGACGCCAGGAAUAUUCUGGGGAUCGACCGCGAGAACGGCGACGCUAUUCAAACGAUUGGAAUGAUGGUGACCGCCGUGACCGCCGUGAUUACCGCGACGAUCGACGGCCACACAAAGACGGACCCAGCAAUAAUCGUCAUAGUAAGGUUGCCGGCACCGACAGCUCUGCAGAAUCAGCCGCAGAAGAGCGAGCUCGCAAGCUCGCAGCUAUGCAAGAGGCAGCAUCUGAACUCGAUCAAGACCGGGAGAAGCGUUUAGCAGCACUCGCGGAAAAAGAGCGCCAAGAACGAGAAGCUGAUGACAAAGCGCGGGAGAAGUCUGGAAAAUACGGCGAUAAAGAAUUCGUGAAUGGUUUACGAAGACAAGUUAUUUCUUGA